CCUUGUUGCCCUUGACCUGACCGCGUCGAGGCUCUUGGGAUCUGCCGGGAUGCGACAAUUGCGAUAGGUGGUCGUGGCGGUGUACCUGCGUCAAUUAAAUUUUCUCCUUUUUCUCUUACCGCCACUUGUCUCCCCCUUCCUGCGUAUAUCAACACACACCGUGCGCCUCUCCCUUGUUCCCUCGCUCACUCAUUUUUUUUAUCAGUUUGUUUAUAGAGCAUAGACUUGUUGCAUUCCCGCAUUGCUUUGCUUCAGUCUUUCGUUCCGAGAACUGAUUAGGCCAACACUCCACACUCACUUUCCCAAGGAGGCUUUUCGAUUACGUCGCGACGAUCAACAACAGAACCGAUAGACAAAACAAGACACAUCCAAAAAGCAAAGCAUCACCAGAACGAAGAACCAAAAAAGAAAAAUGUCUCACUUCACACUGACGACCUUCCUCGCCACCACGGCUACUGCAUUGGCACCCUUUGUCAUUGUGUACAAUAUGCCACAGAAACAGACACAGACACACUUGGCCUCGAGUCUGCCCAAGCCCCGGCCGCUGGCAACAUUGAGGGAGGUCAAGGAGCAGGGCAAGUCCGAGUUCAACCUCGUCUAGAUGGGACCACGACACUACAUCUUCCAAUAUACGCGCAAUGCGAUGCGAUAGUCUCGGUGAUGAUGAUGGUGACAGGGACGGCGACGCGCAUUUACAAUCGAAUUAGCGCUGUUUAGUGCGUUCACAAUCAGCGACUUGGGUUUUGUGGGAUCGGGUGUUUCAUGACACUGGCGCAGGCACGGAAGAAUAAGAGGCAGUAUGCGGCUGUGAGAGGACUCGAGGAUAAUGGAUUGAGUAAGGGAUUACUUGACGCGUUCCUUUCCCUGGGGGAUUGAGCAUUGCUUUCCAGAGAGUCGUUUCAAGAGAAAAAGGGUUGCAGCUUUUCCGAGUACCUCGAUGGCAUAGACCAAGACCAUUAUCUUUGGCGUGCUCCCUUACCAGAACAUGGAGUGCGCAUUGCUAGAAAGGAAUAGAAUGAUGGAAUACCAGGAAUGAUUGCCUU